AUGGCCCAAAAUACAGAUGAAACAUGUCCUUCAUUCACCAGACUGAGCUUUCACAGUGCAGUGGUUGGUACGGAUCUAAGUGUGAAGUUGAUGCUCUACACAGAGAGAAACCAGACCUGCGCACAAGUCAUCAACUCCACAACUUUGGGGAACUUGAAUGUGACCAAGAAAACCACCUUCAUUAUCCAUGGAUUUAGGCCAACAGGCUCCCCUCCAGUUUGGAUAAGGGACUUAGUAGAGGGUUUGCUCUCUGUAGAGGACAUGAACGUGGUUGUUGUUGAUUGGAAUCGAGGAGCUACAACUGUAUUAUACAAUCAUGCUUCUAGUAAGACCAGGAAAGUAGCAACAAUCUUGAAGAAAUUUAUCGACCAAAUGUUGGUAAAAGGAGCUUCCCUUGACAACAUUUACAUGAUUGGAGUAAGUCUAGGAGCCCACAUAUCCGGGUUUGUUGGAAAGGAGUUCAAUGGGAAGCUGGGGAGAAUUACAGGUCUCGACCCUGCCGGCCCUUUAUUCAACGGGAAACCACCCGAGGACAGAUUAGAUCCCAGCGACGCACAGUUCGUUGACGUCAUCCAUUCCGACAUUGAUGCUCUGGGCUACAAGGAACCAUUAGGAAACAUAGACUUCUACCCAAAUGGAGGAUUGGAUCAACCUGGUUGCCCCAAAACAAUAUUUGGAGGAAUGCAGUAUUUUAAGUGUGACCACCAGAGGUCCGUGUACCUGUACCUCUCUUCCCUGAGAGAGAACUGUACUGUCACUGCGUAUCCCUGCGACUCCUACCGGGAUUACAGGAACGGCAAGUGUGUCAGCUGCGGCACACCACAGAUGGAGUCCUGUCCACUUCUGGGCUAUUAUGCUGAUCAUUGGAAAGACUAUUUAACGGAGAAAGACCCUCCUAUGACUAAAGCAUUCUUUGACACAGCUGGGGAGAAACCGUUCUGCAUAUAUCAUUACUUUGUGGACAUUAUAACUUGGAAUAAGAACAUAAGAAGAGGGUCCAUUACAAUCAGAUUGAGAGACAAAGCUGGAAACACCACAGAAUCCAAAAUCAAUCAUGAACCUGCAACAUUUCAGAAAUACCACCAAGUGAGUUUGCUUGCAAGAUUUAAUCAAGAUCUGGAUAAAGUGGCAGCCAUUUCCUUGGUGUUCUCUACAGGAUCUGUAGUAGGCCCAAGGUACAAGCUCAGGAUUCUCCGAAUGAAGUUAAGGUCCCUUGCCCAUCCAGACAGGCCCCACUUGUGUCGGUAUGACCUUGUACUGAUGGAAAACAUCGAGACAGUCUUCCAACCUAUUCUUUGCCCAAAGUUGAAAAUGUAAUUGUUGUCAGGACACAUGAGCACCUCUAACAUCAAGAAAGCGACGGCAGGCUUUUUCAAAGCUUCACCUUUUUUACCUUUUCCUCGAGGCACAAAAAGUAUGGAAUAACCAGGGUUUUUUCCAGUAGUGUCUUAUGGAUGUCACUACAAAAUGUCAAACAGCUUUGGAUUAUAGAACAGUCCUGGGAAGGGAGCCCCUAAGUAGGGCAAGUCGGAAAUAGCCAGGCCCCAGGCAGCCCAGGGCCCUGUCUGGCUGCGUCCUGGGGCCUCCUUUGUUCCACCCUGUGAUUCUGCUCCCUGUCACUCAGGCAGUUCAGUGGGACAAGCAUCUUACAGGGAAGGACUGGCUGCAGACCUCACUUUGGACUCGACCUCACGUUCCCUGUGCCAUAUUCCACCAGAUCCCCGCGUGGAGAAGGGAACGAAGACUGACCUACCUCACAGGGCUGUUGUGUGGGUCUGGGAGGCAAGUUUGUGAAGGGUUCUUUGAAAUCCCACGGGUGCCACAUCCGUGAGUGGUUUGAUAAAUGUGAAUAUACUUUUAUUUAUUUUGAUAUGACUUAUCUAAUAAUGCAAUAAGAGAGCUGCUCCUUAUCAACACCAGCUUCUCUCCUGGGCUGUUUGCUUUGGGAAGGCAAGAAAGCCAAGCCCCUGGCUUCCCACCUUGUUUAAAGUGGGGAAAAUGCUUAUUUUCCCUUAUUUGCUAAUGUAAUCCAUGAUUAUUGAAGGCAAUUUAGAAAAUGCAU